AAAUGGAUAAAAUCGAUUUUAACGAUCCUACGACACUAGCUGUGUUGGCGACAGCCGUUAUUGGAUUGCUCACAGUCCUUCUCUUAGUUUUGAAGAGUUUUGCAUCGUCUAACAAGAAUAGAGUGUUAUUUGUUGGUCUUAUGGAUUGCGGAAAAACUACUAUUUUCACCCAGCUCUCACAGAAAGAAGCCGAAUAUCCAACUACCACAAAAACGUACACAUCGAUGGUGGAGAAUAAAAUCACUUUAAGAAUCAAAGAUAAGGAGAAGGAGAUUAUCGACUACCCAGGAAACGACAGACUGCGCCAGAAGCUCAUCGAGAACCAUCUUCAUAGCCGUUCACUUCUCCGGAUCGUGUUUGUCGUUGACUCGGCCGCCUUCUCAAAAAAUGCUCGUGACGUUGCCGAGCUUUUCUACACCGUAGCUCUUGAAAAUGUCGAUAAGGUUCCAAUCCUGAUUGCAUGCCAUAAGCAAGACUUAUCUCUGGCAAAAACUGAAAAAGUUAUUCGAAACAGCUUGGAAAAAGAAAUCGGACUCAUUAACAAAUCACGUGCAGCUGCGCUUAUUGGAACUGAUGGAUCAGAAGAGAAGAGAUCAACUUUGACUGAUACUGGAAUCGAUUUCAAAUGGGAGGAUCUUAAAAAGCAAGAAGUCUCGUUCGUCUCAACUUCAUCUAACAGCGAAGAUUUUGGAGUCCACGAGAUCGCUUCCUUCGUCAGAGCAUAAAAUACAAUCCUUUUCUAAAAUUAAACUUUCUAUCCGCGCUUUGGUUGUUUUUCUUUUGAUCACUCAUAUCAUCUUUUUCAUAAUUUCUCUGUAAAGCAUGGCUUUGACGAUUACUAGAAGUUUAUUCUUAAUUUAUUGCAUUUCCUUUUUGUUUCUCUAUCAGAAAUCGUUUAGAAAUGAAACUUUAUGUUU